AUGAGCUCCAACCAAGACCCCUCCCAGUUUAAGAAGAAAGAAACACGGGCUGGGACACGUAGAGUAACGUCGCUUACCGCAGAACAACUGGAAAGAAAGCGUGCCAACGACCGUGAGGCCCAGAGGACAAUUCGACAGCGGACAAAAGAACACAUUGAGCGAUUGGAACUUCAAGUGGCUGAGCUUAGAGCCAAAGGGGACAAAUUCGACGAGAUCACGCGAAGAAAUGCUAUCCUGGAGACUGAGAUCAGGGCGCUACGACAUCAGUUAGCCACAUCACCAGGACAUACAGGGUAUCAAAACUUAGAGCCAUACAGCCAACAGCCGGGGCCGAUCAUUCCAUCCCCUCAAUACCCCGAUGCUCUAGGGGCGAACUCAACCCCCAGGACGCCAUCAGUUUUAUCAACAUCAAGUCAAGUUUCAACUUCGCGUGACUGGCCUCCUUACACUUCAACUCGCUCUUCUUCAAGAUGCGAAUCCUCGGACACAGAGUACCCAACCAGAGUCGAACCCUGGGCUUUCGAGGGGCCUCCCCAAGCGCCUGUGCCAAUGUCUAUACCACAUUCGCACGUUAGUUACCACCCGCAAAGUAGCAGACAUGUACCAGAACCUGCGUUUUCAUCGUAUCAGCCGCUGUACCCCGGACCGAGCGCCAGUCGGGCGGCGGCGGAGGAAUCUGCUCGAGUAACAGUAUCGGCGCCACCAGAGAAUCAAGCAACCGCAUACCCUACCCUACACCCGCCGCCGCAACCGCAAUUUCAACAGAUGAUGACCCAUCCUUCCCAGCCUCCACGAAGUGGUUAUGAUUACGACUGGGUCCACCGCUCUUGA